AUGAGUAUGCUUGCUUUGGAUGAAAUUAGACCACCUGAAAAUUUUGACGAAGUCCCAUAUUAUAUACGAAACAAUCCUAGAUAUUGGCCAUACUUUAAGAAUUGUAUUGGAGCAAUAGACGGAACACAUGUUCGAGUUUCACUUCCAGUAGAUAAACAAAUACCAUACAUUGGAAGAAAGGGUUAUCCUACACAAAAUAUUAUGGCUGUAUGUGGAUUUGAUAUGCUAUUCACAUUUGUAUGGGCAGGAUGGGAAGGAACAGCACAUGAUACUCGUAUAUUUCUUGAAGCAUUAAGAAAUACACAUCUUAAUUUUCCUAAACCACCCAAUGGUAAGUAUUACUUAGUUGAUGCAGGGUAUUCAAAUAUGAAAGGUUAUUUAGCUACAUAUAAAGGGAAAAUAUACCAUAUUCCUCAAUUUCAACAAGGUAGUCAACCUAGUGGCUCUAAACAAGUAUUUAACCACGCUCAUUCAUCAUUGCAUAGUGUUAUCGAAUGUUGUUUUGGUGUAUGGAAAGCACGAUGGGAAAUUUUGCAUCGAAUGCCAAAUUAUAAGUUUGAUAAACAAUUAGCUAUUGUUACCGCUUCAAUGGCUUUGCAUAAUUUUAUCAGGAGGGAGACCAUUAAUGACAUAGAGUUCCCAUCUUGUGAUGAAGUAAAUGAUGAUUUUGUAAAUGACGAUGAACCAAAUAUUAACUUAGCAAGAUAUGAGAGUGAAAUGGGAGUUAUUCGUGAUAAAAUCACAGUUGAACUCAUGCUUAGAUAA